ACCGAAUAUUUUAUUCCUAUUUGGUACAGCUCACUUAAUGAUGCACGAUUCAUGUCGUUUCAGACAAUUUUUAAACCUAUUAAUUCAAGUAACCCAGUAUUGGGUUUCAGCAUUGCCCAGUAAUUUGAACCAAAUUUGAGGCUAAUGACUUAUGAAUCACCACUAGCCCAUAUCACUACCACAGUAUAAAACAAAGCGGCACGAAAGAAUCUCGAAACAUAGUGCUGAAAAUUCACAAAAAUCAGCAAUUUUUUUGACGAUGGCUUUGGCACAUAGCAAAUGGGUUAAGCUGGAGCAGAAAGGUACUGGACCAGGAUCAAGAAGCUCACAUGCUAUAACCCUUAUAGGUGAAAAGGUUUAUGCAUUUGGUGGCGAGUUCACACCUCGUGUCCCUGUGGAUAACAAACUAUAUGUGUACGAUCUCAAUGACAAAACAUGGUCGAUUGCUGAUGCAACCGGGGAAAUUCCUCCUCCUCGUGUUGGUGUUACAAUGGUAUCAGUUGCAGAGACAAUAUAUGUUUUUGGUGGAAGGGAUGCUACACACAAGGAGCUUAAUGAACUCUACAGUUUCGACACGGUUACAAACAAAUGGACCCUACUUUCGAGUGGUGCGAUGGGGCCCCCACACCGCAGUUACCAUUCGAUGACCUCAGAUGACCGGCGAAUAUAUGUCUUUGGCGGCUGUGGGGAUGCUGGACGGCUUAAUGAUCUAUGGGCUUAUGAUGUUCUUGAUGGAAAAUGGAUCAGUUUUCCUGUGCCAGGGGAGAAUUGCCAGCCUAGGGGUGGACCUGGACUAGUUGCAGUUCUCGGGAAAAUUUGGGUCGUGUAUGGUUUCUCUGGAGUGGAGCUUGAUGAUGUACAUUACUUUGAUCCAAAUGAAGAGAAGUGGGUUGAAGUCGAGACAAGUGGAGAAAAGCCAACACCUCGAAGUGUAUUCUCAACUUUUGCGGUUGGGAAGUAUAUAUUUAUAUAUGGUGGAGAGAUUGAUCCAAGUGAUUUAGGCCACCUUGGUGCCGGAAAAUUUUCUGAUGAAGUCUUUGCACUUGAUACUGAGACGCUAGUGUGGAAAAGAUGGGGAGAUAUCUUGACUGCUGAUUACCAUCCGGGGCCACGAGGAUGGUGUGCAUUUGCAGGUGGGCAACGAGAUGGCCAAGAGGGAUUAUUGGUGUAUGGUGGGAAUUCUCCUAGUAAUGAUCGACUGGGUGACAUUUUCUUCUUCACUCCUUCGUUUGAUGUGAAUGGAAAAUGAUGAGAAUCGAGAUGUUUUUCCAUAUAUGAUGAUUUAGUUGCAGAGAAACGGAUGAUGAUGUUUCUUUUAGUGUGCAUUGUGCUUGUAAGUUGCUUUCUAGAGCAAUGAAUAAAAAUGGAAUUGUUGUAUCAAAACUAUGGGGCGCCGGGGUGUAAGACUUAUUUUCAGUUUUAUUAGUGUUUCGUACUUUUUCACAUAUCUUGCUAGAAAUUGAAUGAAUCGACACACAUUCUAAGAAUUUCUGCA